AUAGUAGUAGAAGGUGCUGGUCUUGUGGUUCUUCAGGGGUCCGUUACAAAUACUUGACUGUACCUUCCCGGGCCGUUUCUACGCUAUACGCUUAACUUCGCGAGGCAAAACUUACCAUUCUUAUAUCACAGCGCAGCUUCCAAUAUAUAGCUGCGCCGGUCAUAGGCGGUUUCCAAUAGGAGCGGCGAUGUGGAUAUAAGCUCCUGCAAGGAUGCCCUUACCGGCUUCGCAGGGGCUCGGCGAGGACAGUGGCGUCAGGGGCAAGUCUGGCCAUGUGUCAGGGCGUGUAAUAUCGAAUACACGGACCGUAAAGGGGUCUCCUACAGGGAAUGCGGAAGGAGGCCGCAUGUUGCCAAUCAAAGCCAGCGAGGAGCUUGCAGGCCUAACGUUGUCAAACAGCCAGCCUGCUAUGCCUCCGUCAACCGCCGGCAGGGGCCGCCGGUCCACCAGCGCUUCGAGUGGAGCCCCGACCAGCGAGGAUUCAUUUGACGCAGCCCCGCCCCGUCGCCAGCCCCACCCAAUAAACGCAGAACUUGUGAAGCUGGUGGCGAGCCAUGCACCCCUUGAGCUUGCGCAACUCGCAGCCGUCAGGCAGAAAGCUCGAUUGAAGAAAGCACACGCAUCAAGUACGGACAGUGCAGCGGCAGCGGGCGAUGGCGUCCAAACAGAGGACUAUGUUGCCGUACAGCACAGCUACGAGCCGGAGCCGCUCCAGGAGGCCGCAGCAUUGCAAGCCGAUUUGGGGCACGCCAGGCUCCUCAUGCGGCCUGCAGCAGCGAACACCGCCGUACCCACAUCUGCGGCGGCUAGCCGGCCCAAGUCACGCUCCCCGUCCAGACCAUCUCACCUGCCUGCUGCGCCAGCCAAGGGGGCAACCGUUAAACGGGACCAGAACUUGCUACCCAACCCAGUGGCGGCGAAGCAAGCCCAACUGCUGCAGCGGCAGGCGGCGGCGGCUGCUUUUGCGCAGAACGUUCAGCGGGAACAGGACCUGCUCCGCGCGGAAAAGGAGCGGCGGCUGAAGGCGGAGCAGGACGCCUUGGCGGCACAGCUGGCGGAAGCGGCGGAGGCUGCCAAGUCAGACCCCGCUGAGGUGGCGCAAGCACCGGAUCACAGACCCGCACCCCCCAAACGAAAGAAGUCAGUGUCGCCAUCCAGGGUUAGUGGCGCUGCUGCCUUGCACGGUUUGCAGGCGGCCGCUACAGGGCAAGACUUGGCGGAGAAGAAAGCGGCGGAUCCGCGGCCAUGGCGGCAAGGCAUGCGAAAAAAGUCGUCGGUUUCGCAUGAGGCGCCGGCAGUGGCUCCCCCAGAGGCUGUGCCUAAGCCAAAUACGGACCCGCCACCGCCACGCAAUGUUAGCCCCUGUGCUGCAGCUGUACGGACUCGGACCCUGGACCCUGUGGCACGCUCCCAACUGAAGGAGUUUACUGCUCGCAAGGCGAAGGAGAUGGCUGAGAAGCUGAAGCAGGAGAAGACGGCUCAGUUGGAGGCGAGGACAGCGCACCUCCGGAUUAUGAAGGAGCAGAUGGCGAAGGCCCGUGAGCGCGCGCAAAAGUACGCCGAGACUGCCAAGGAGAGGCCGGCGGAGUACAAAGAGCCGCGGCCAGCAUGGGUCGACAUCGCUGUAGAUGCCGCACCAGCAACAGCUCAGCAUGUCCCGCUCAAUCGGUCUGCUGAUGUAAUGGCUGGGCUGGCGCAGCAGCGUCGUCAAGGAGAGGACGCGCUUCACACGGUGGUGCGUGCCCAGGAGGCGGACGGUGGUGCAAAGGAUAGCCGAGCUGGUCGCGCCAGCACAGCGCCCCGCACGCGCCCUGCAAAUGCGGGCAGGUCGCUCUCCGCUCAACCCGUGAAGCGCCAGCCUGCCAAGAUUGCCCCGGCACCCGCCGAGGUCUUGCGGGCUGCGGAGCUGGGGGCUCGACUAGCUGCCCGCAAACAGUAUGACGAGCGCGUGCGGGAGAUGCAAGCAGCGGAGCGCCGAGACAGCUCCCGUGGUCGUGACACGUACGGCCGUGAUACCUCUCGCGGUCGUCUGCGGAGUCCCACAGCCGGUCGCAAGCACCACUCAGCCUCGCUUCGCUCACCUUCCCGCUCGCCAUCCAAGCGGCCAAAGCAGCAGGCCCGGCGUUCCAGAUCGGGCUCGCGCGCCGGCUCGGCACAGAGGCGUCGGCCGAAUACGGCAGGCCACGCUCCCGUCGCCGCUGCUGCCAGCGGCGGUAGCGGCAACAAUGAGCAGCGCACUCCUGGCAGACAAGUGGCGCGCUCGCAGUCAGACGUGCAGGACCCUCGGAGGCUGGACGGCUUGUGGGACUUGGCGCUGCAGCUUAGUGCUCGGCUGGGAGCUAUGGAGCAGGGCGGGUACAGGGUCCAGCAGCGUCCCAUGCAGGCCUGGCCGGAGGCUGAGGGGCAGCAACUGACAGAGGAGCAGCAUCAGUUUUUGCUCCUGGCAGCGCAGCAGCAGCAAGAGCUUGACCGCCUGUAUUUGGAGUCCGCGGCGGGCGCCCAGCCUGGUUACCCUUACCCAGUAGCUGUCGUGCCAACUGGGUUGCCAUCGGAUCCGGUCCUGUCGCCCAUGGACGCCGGUCUAGCCCAGGCGGCACCGAGCAGGCCGCACGUCCACGUGUUCGAUGAGGGGGUGGAGGCUAACAUCGAGUUUCGCAGCGAGGUGUCUUGGCCCACUGCAGCCCACAAAAAGCUCCGCACCAACGAUGGCAGCGGCUAUGCUGGCAGCAACGUCGAUGGUGCUGCCGGCGGUCCCGUGUCCUUGCAUGGGACCGACAGCUUAGCCAGUCAAUACCAGGCAGACGUGGACGGACGUGGCGCCUUCAGCGGGGCGGAUAUUAGCAUGGCGGGUAGCGUUAGCGCCUUAACCGAGGACCACGUGCCUGCUAAUGUUGCGAUACAGACCGGCGGGAGCUUGCUUGCAAGCGAUGUGACCUCGGUUCGGGGCCGUGCUCAGGGAGCCGCUGGGGGUCAGGAACAGGUGGCAGCUGGCCGGCACAGCAACGCUCGCUCGGCAAGCCAAGGGAGUCACGGAAGCGGCAAGCGGCGCAUGGAUGAGGACCAAGAAGCGGAUGUCCUUCCACUGCGCAAGCACGUGCCAGCGGCGCCCGUUAUCCAGAUACCCAUGCCGGCGGCAACCUCACAAGCCGCCGCUGUGGGUGUCGAGCCCAGUCUCGGUCUGCCAACCGUUGUCGGUCUUCCGUACGACAACGCCACCUUCAGCGCUGAAAGCGCCGACGAUGACGGCAACAGCAGCGGCGGCGAGGGGGCGUACGGUCAGCGCGUGCUGUCUAUAGCCGAGCUACAUGGCGUGCUUGAGGAGAACCCGCUGCUGGCCCAGAGGCUGUCGCUUGAGCGGGAGCGCACUUGGUGGGAGGAGCGCCCAGCGACGGAUUCCCCAUCCCGGAUCAGCAUCGCUAAGCGGACUCCUCGCCAGCGGAAUGCGGUCAGCGAGGGCAGUGGGAUUGCCGUACAGCGGCGCGUGACGAGCAGCAUGUCGUACUGUGACGCAGACGACAGCAGUACCGCCAGCAGUGCACCUGGUUCACCCGCGCGGGCGUGCGAGGCUGUUGUGAAGGACUAUGAGAUGGGGAACAACGCGCUUCAAAUUCGACCUGUCAAGACCGAGCUACUCAAGGCGCAAGCGGCGAAGCAGGCUGAGGAGCAGCGGGAGCGAGAGUUUGCCCUUGAAAAUGGGGAGCCUGAGGAAGAAGAAGGCAAAGAGGAACUGCCCAUGGCGCCCUUCACGAAUCCAGGGGACCCGAUGAGCAUCAUUAACCUGGUUGCCCACAAGGGACGGCUUCCCGCACGGCCAGCCGUCAUCCAGCUCUCAGAACCGCCCCUGUCGGGCCCGCGCGCUGCGGAGCAGGAGAGCCAAGCUGUACAGACUGACCACGACGUACUGCUGCUUGCCUCCGGGGCGCGGCCGGCCUCUAAAGUGCUGUUGAUACCGGGGCCGCAUGGGACGGACCUUGUUUUCUCCAGAGCGCUGGUGCAACCGCAGGUGGCACAGCCGUCCACGGCUGCCCCGCCCACGAAGGAGCUCCGGGAGAUUGGCGUGGGCGAGGGACACAUCGGCGCAUCCGACCGCGUGGACUCCUCCGCUCAGCAGCUCACGGACAGCUUGCCGCCGUUUGUCUUGCUACCCGCCACCAUGCAUGCAACAGCCAGAGUAACCCCCGCCAACAGCGAGCGUGAAUCUGGCCAAUCGCCGCAGCAGCUGCCAUUGCAGCCACAGCCAUCGAUGCAGCAGCUUGUAGGAGAGGUGCUAGCAGGAGCACCCCAGGCAGAGCCGGCUGGCAUGGCUGGCGCUGAACCCGCUCAGCCAGGGGCGUAUCUUGGGAUGCAGCGUCCCGGUGGUGCUGCGGCGGGGACCGAGGCGUCUGACGGCCAGGGCGGCUGUGGCAGCAACGGUGUUUCCGGGGUGAUGGCCAGUCCUCCCAUGCGUCCGCGCAUGGUGACUUUCCUGGACGAGGUUCAGGGCCCUCCGGAGAGGGUGCGGUUGGCGCCUAACGAGCUGUUCCGGCAGAUGCAGGAUACGCUAAAGACGUAUGAGGAGCUGGAUGCAGCGGAGCUCGAGCUGCAGCAAGUCCAGAACGCGCGUGCGAUUGCGGCUGUGCAGCGCGAGGCUCACCGCAUUGCGCAGCGCUUGGACCAAACAAGCGCUGCGGAGACCCAACUCCAUCUCGUCGCGCAAGUGCAAGCCAACAUGGAUGCCAAGCUGCAAAUGAUGGAGGAAAGCCUCCGUAGUGAAGUGCGCAAAGAGAGCCUUGGCCAGCUCCACAACGUCACCUCCUUGUUCGUGGAGCAGCUGAACCGCAACAAGGUUGUCCAUGCAGCCGUGCAGACCCGCCCCGACUCGCCGCCAGCUCCCAGGCCGGAAAUCGGCGUGCAGGUCGAGCCGUCUGUGGGACGCCUCCCGCUCACAACACAGCCCAGCAACAGCUCACCAGCACCGCAGCAGCAGAGCCCUUCCCUGCGAUCCAACGCAUUGUCGCAAUCACCUCAUGCGUCGCGCUUGCCAGACUCCCCAGCACAGCUGCUGCUGCCGCAAACCUCCUUGAGGGCUAGCCCGGACGUCAGGCCGUUCUCCUUGGGCCAAGAGGUGCUGGGCGGCCGCUCCACGGCUACAAGCAACGCGGCGUCUGACUACACUGCAGAUUUCGAGGAGGAUGGCGGCUUGUCAAACAGUAACGCGGCCUUAGGUCGCACUUCGUCACGCGUCACUUACCGCCAGACCAGCCGUAUCUCAGUGCCGGAAAGCGUCUAUGAGGAGGACGAAGAGGAGGAGGACGUGAUUGAGGAGGAGGACGCUGCGGCGCACCGUUCUCGCCACGCCAGCAGCGCAAUCUCUGUCCCUGAGAGCGUGUCACACUACCAACGCGACCGCAAGCCCUCCCGCGCCACCAUCCGACUUAAGAGCACGGGAUCAAUACCUGAGAGCGUGCCUUCGGAGCGUACCUUGUCACAGAGCCCGCUGCGGCAACAGGCGAGUUCGCUGUCCGUCCCUGAAAGCGUGUACGAUGAGGAGGACCGUCCCAGCCGGGUCCACACACGCUCCGCCCUGCGUCAGGCAAGCACCGUGUCCGUUGCGGAGAGCGUGCGGUCUGAGCGCACUGCGGCUACCUCCACACGUGGGGUUGCCAUCACCGCUCCCGCUGGCGAGCGACACAGCACCCUUACUGUCGCUACAAGCGUUCCCUACUCCUCAAUCGCCGGUGAGGACAGCAAGGCUUCAAGCUCGGUGCAGGAGAGCCUGCCGCAGCCCCAGGCGUCGGGCUCAUUCGGCAACAUCCCAUCCUCCUCCUCGAGGCGGCGCCGUAGCACCGCCGCUGACACGGUAGGCACCAGCGAGCCCAACUACAGCACGGACUUUGACAACGACUACGAGGAGGAUGACGACGGCGUUGCGGAGGAGAUUGCGGAGGGCAGCGUUAGCACGAUGAAGGGGGCUGGUAAUGGCAGCAGUGCGGUUGAUGAGGUGGAAGAGGAACCUUCAGAACCGUCGAACGCAGGGCGGCACCAACAGCAGCAACAGGGCCGGCGCACCGCGACUACGGUCUCCUUCCGAUCGGUGGUAGAGGAGGAGGAGGAUGUCCGGACCGAGCAGCCUUCUAGCUACAGCGAGGAAGCUGAUACUAGCGGGCGGCUUGCAUCUGAGGAGAGCGUUCCGUUGCAGCAGCAGCAGCAGAGGCCUCCACAGAAGCCGCAACAGCAAGGGGCUUCUCGCGGGCAGCACGCAUCUCCCGCAGGGCCCUUGGGUGCCGUGACUGACCCACGGGUCUUGGGCGGCACAGCGAUGGCGGCAGCCGGCCAGCUCAACCUCCAGACGCUUAUCAGCGGAGGCAUUAAGCUGGACGACGCGAUGAUGGCGUGGUUCAUGAGCGAUGCCGAGGCGCGCAUGCGGCAGGAGCUCGAGUUCCUCACGGGCCGUCUGCACACGCUGAACGCGAGCGCGGCGGCCAGGAUGGCGGAGCUGGAGGCCGACCUAACCAACGAGUCGGAUGCGCAGAGGCGGCAUGUCAUCAUGCGGGAGCAGCGCCUGCUGCAGGUCCAACAUGACGCCGAUGCUGCCGACCUCAACCGUCAGAUCAGCGCCGUCAAGGCAGAUUACGCACGCCAGCAGCUUGUCCUGGAGCAAGCCUUCAGGCUCGCCCAGGUGAUCGCCCCAUCCGCUGCUGCCUUCAAGAAGCCCGACACCACAUCGGCAGCCGGCAAGGCGGCAGCCGGCCUCCAGGCCUCCUCUCGAGCCCCGGCUGCCUCCCCAUCCCUUGCAAAGGGCGCCGGCGCCACACCCAAGGGCGCGCAUGCUAACGUGCGUCAGGCCGGGGUGUCGCCGGCAGCGCAGCAGCGGCAUGCCUCUGCUACAUACAGCAGCAUCGUAUCGGAGGAGAAGCCCGUUAAGGAGUCACUGUCCGGCAGCGUCUUGGAGGAGCAGGAUGUACGGCAGCCGGCCUCGGCGUCGGACACGAUCCUCACUGACAGGUCCGGGCAGCGGCGACAAACCGCGUCAAGCAGCGUCCUGGAGGAGAACGUACAAGGCCAUAGCGGCUCGGCGGCUUCUGGGGUUCCUUCUGAGUACAGCGAUGACUAUGAUCCACCAAGCGCCUCGCAAUCUCGGCAAUCUCGGCCCAGCCACCGGCAAACUGGUAGCAUCGUGGCUGAAAUCGAGGAGAGCCUCUCCCAGCGCCGCACCGGGACCUCCGGUGGUCAAUCGCAGUCGGUUAUCAGCGAAGAGGACGCCGACCAGUCGUCAGAAACAGGGGAAGUGAGGUCCAGGGCCAAGCAGCAGCACAGCAGCGGCUCUGUGGCGGUCACGGAGCCCCAGUACAGUGAGGACUUUGCGGACUCGGGCCCUGUCGCGACGGCGCCCCUGCGGUCAGACGCUUCGCAGAGACAAGCAUCCACCAUCUCUCCUAGCGACCAUCUUGACGGCGGUGCUAGUGAGCUGUCAGCCCUGUCUGCGGACCUUGAGCGCAAGCAGGCGGAGCUGCAGCGUCUGCUACGACGGAAGGAGAAGGAGAUGCGGGACCAAGAGCGCAGGGCGAAGCUGCUUGCCAAGCAAGCGGCUGUGGAGGAGCUUCAGAAGAAGCUCGCUGCACUUGAGCAGCGUGAGCGAACGGCGGCAGCAACCGCCGCCGUCCGACCGUUGACCCAUGGGUCGCCAGCCGCAGCAAGGCCUGCCAAGGACCAAAGCAGCAAGCAUACGUCGCAGGCGUCGAUUCCUGACGACGCGGGCUCCACCACGCCUCGUUCGUUACCGGAGGAACCCAGUGAGGGCCCGCUUUCAAUCGCCUCAGAGUCGAGCCAAGACGGCAUGCGGGGCCGCCGUGACCAAUCCAGCGACGGAAGCCGCCGGCACCGCUCUUCCAGCCCCCAAACGGAGGUCACCGAGUCGGUCGCAUACACGGACGACAACGAAAGCGUGACCUCCGCCAGUGUUUCUGAGUCGGCAAGUCAGCGUCAGCAGUCAGACGCGACGACCUCCGGCGUCUCAUCCGAGGAUCGUGCGGCACAUCGUCUACGUGCCUUGCAGCAGGCCAUAGCAGCCAAGGAGAAAGCGUUGCGGCGUCUGCAGCGGGAGGCACAAGAGGAGGAGCUGCAGAGGCGCCUGCGUGACUUGGAGGAGCAGGAGAAGUCCCUGAAGUCCAAGCCCCCGCCCAAGCCGCCAAAGGCACCCGCCGCAGCCGCUCUGGACACCUCGCAGAAGCCUGCCAACAGGAAGGCCGCACCGUCCUACGGCGCAUCAGGCGAUUCCGCGGUCUACUCUGAAGACUUCAACGCCAGUGGCUCUGGUUCUGCCGCCGCCAUCCAUUCCACCUCUUCGGUGCUUGACGAGCUUCCAAAGCAACGCGGCACAGCGGCAGGCUCUGGGUCGCGCUCUGCGUCUGUGGCGGAGGAGUACAGCAGCCGUAGCUUUGCCACGGACUCGGGAAGUGCACCGAAGUCGGCGCAUGGGCAGGGUGGCCGCAGCAGCUCGAUUCCGGAGGAUGAGGCCAGUCGUGGCGCCUCCGGCGUUUCAAGGUCCAGCGGUGGAGCUGUCAGCAGCAGCCAGGGCAUCAGGUCUGCAGGGCACGGCAGCACGUCGGGUUCGGCAGAUGUGUACGAGGACAGCUUUGAGGCUCCGAGCACGCAUGGCGGAUCCCCGCACGCGAGUGGGAUCCAGGAGGAGGCCAGCUUUGGCGGCAAGACAAGCAGCGAGAGCCCUGCCGGUGUGACCUUGGACCCCAUCCGUGAAGAGGAGGAUCCCCAGAGCGCCUCUGUCCGCUCGUCAAGCCGCCUCGCGGCCUCCCGCGCCAGCGGAUUGGUGCCUGAUGAAGUGGAUGGCCCUUCAACUGUCGGGCGGUCUGCGGACGGCGGCUCUAGCGAUGAAGGUACUGACAGCGGUGACAUUGAGGAAGACCAGGUGGACGCCAUGGACGACGUUGGUGACGACCUGCAAGCUGACGUGUCUGCUGAGCCCAGCGCGCAGAGCUUGGAGGUCUCUGUCGCCGAGCCGUCAGUCUCGCAGGAGUCCAGCCUGCACAACGUGGCGUCGGUUCAGGAGUUCUUCACCACCGCCGAAGUCAACAGCCCAUCCGUUGCGCCCAGCAUCCAUAGCGCGGAGUUGGCCGGGCGGUCCGGUUCUGCGGUGACGGCCGACGGCAGCCAGCAGGGAUCGCUGUCGGUCCGGGAGUUCAUGACCACGGCUGACGCCCUGGGUGCCUCAGUGGCUCCCAGCAUCCACAGCUCAGACCUCGUCGCGGCGCCACCGGCUCAGCCGCCUGCAGCCAGCCUUGGCGCUAGUCUCUACGAGUCUAAUGCAUGGGAGCAGGAAAGCCUACCCAGCUCUGAGGAGGAGGAGAAACGGGAGCAGGAGGAGGAUGACGAGCCUAUUGUCCUGGAGCAGCGCAGCCUCUCUUCUUCCUCUGGUGGUGAUGAUGACAACGAUGAGGUGGAGGAGGAAGAGGAGGAGGAGGCCUACGUGAUUGAGCAGCCAGACCUUGGUUCCAGCUCCGAGAGCAUGCAGGAGUCGAGUGCCUUGGAGCACCCAGGUGCUCCGGCGGGUGUCACGGACGACAGCAACGUCUACAGCGCAGACGUUGCGGACACGGGCCUUGAGGACAAUGGUGGUUCCGGUGUCACGGUUGAGGGCGCCGAGGUGGAGGAGCUGGAUGUGGAGUACAGCGUUGCGGAAGAGGAUGAGGAGGUUUCGACGCAAGCCGUCUCGGUUGCGGGCGCCAGCCAGGACGUUGUCAGCGAUCUGGCAGGCAUGCCUGGCAACCAAUCCUCGGCCUCGGGUGAUGUGGUGGACGAUGUGGCUGUGCAGCAGUCUGCUGUUAGCGCAGCAACGGGCGCCUCACCAGAAGUCGAGGACCUCGACGAUUAUGAGCUCGACUUCCAGGCUUCCGCAAUUGAGGCGGAGGAGGUCGUGCAGUCCUCCCUGCAGUACGUGUCCUCUAAAUCCUCCUCCUCUGUGAGUGGAAGCCGGCAGUCUGCCGCGGACAUCGCCACCACCAUGUCCAUCAAGGCUGGGUCCGCGCAGUUGCCGCAGCAGGCAUCCCUCUUGUCCGUCGCGACCUACGAUGAGGACUUUGAAGCGAGCGAGCCGUCGGAGGCAGUACUCUCAGGCCAAGCUGUAGUCGAGCGCACUGGUCUGAGCGCCGUUGAGGAGGAAGGCGACACCGAGCUGCGCCAGGAUGCGUCAGCAAGCCUCGCGGUGCGAUCCUCCCUACGCGAGGUCGCCUCCAACUCCUCCCUGGGCGCCAGCAGGCCCUCCGCAGCCGAUAUUGCGACCACCGGCUCCAUCAGGGCGGGUUCCGUGUCCAUGCAGCAGCAGGCUUCGGUUGUCUCCACAACAGCGUACGAUGAGGACUUUGAAGAGGGCGAGGUGUCGGAGGCAAACCUCACCGGUGCUGUAGCAGCGGAGCGGACCAGCCUAAGCGUCGUUGAUGAGGAGGGCGACACCGAUAACCGCCAGGACGGCUCCACGCUGGUGGUGCAGUCCUCCCUGCACGAUGUGAGCUCGGGGUCCUCUCUCGGCGCGAACCAGCGUUCAGGUGACGGAGACCUGGCGGAGACAGCCGCCACCUCCAUCAAGGCUGGCUCCCUCUCUCCACAGCAGCAGGCCUCUACCGUGUCGAACGCGACGUAUGAGGAGGAUUUCGAGGAGGGCGAACCGUCCGAGGUCCAGCUGACAGGCCCAACCGUGAUGGAGCGGACGACCCUCAGCGUCGUGCAGGAGGAGGGCGAGACGGAGCUCCCGCAGGAGCCAACAGGCUCACGGCUGUACUCGGAGGAUUUCGCCUCGGCAAGCACCCUCCUGCCCGCCGCCGCAUCCGGGGUAUCAGCCGCCCCGGCUGCUGCUGCCGCCACUGCCCCGACUUCCGCCGCCCCCGCCACCCAAAGCCCGCUGGCAUCUUCCGUGGAAAGCGCCGCUGAGGAUGUUCUGGACGACGUCGAGGUUGACUACGCCGAGGGAGACGAGGGCGAGGACGAUGCGGAGGAGGAGGAAGAGACGUACGGCACCGACAAGUUCGAGUCAGCCAGCGGAGCACCCAUGGGUCCGGUGCUGCAGGCGUCCACUGUGGGCAUGGAGGUCAGCCAGCGCUACGGCCCCGCCUCCAACAGCACCUCCGCGGCCUACAGUGCCGACUUUCCGGAGACUGCGGAGCAGGGUGAGGAGGCGGAUGCGGAGGCAGCUGAUAGCUACGGCGAGGUGUCGAGUGAGAUGCCUGCCAAGUCCUCUAUCUUGUCUGCACGUGCUCCUGACGAAGCAGCUGACAGCGGUGUUGGUCGGCAGACGGCUGGUGUUGACAACGAGUCAGCAGCGCCAGCGGCACCAGUGCUCGAUUCAGGCAAGUCCGCUGCUGCGGAAGCCGCGGGCCGCAGCGCGACGGAGUCAGGGUCUGUGUUCUCAGUGGACGAGGAGGCCAUCUCGUCGGCAGCGCUGUCCUCUGAGCAAUCCUCGGGGAUGCCACCCAUGGCAGCCGUGGCGCAACCGGACAUCUCGGAGCCGGCGGCGGGCCCCGCGGCAGCUGUGGACCGCAGUGUACCAGCCAUUAGUGGCAGGCCCUCGGAAAGCAUGGACGCCUAUGGCGACGACUACUCGCGCGACUUUACGGGUCUAAGCGGUGACCUCGAGACGGAUGCUGCCAACCGAACCUCCGCUCCUGCGAUGCUGCUGGAUACAGCAGACUCCGCCAGUCAGCAACGGAAGGAGGCACAAGAGAACGCAGCGGCGUCUGGAUUGGGUGAAGACGACUUGGCUGAGGAUGUGGAGGAAGACCUGGAUGUGUCGGGUUCGGGCUUGGGCGGUCAGACAUCCUUCACUGGGGAGCCCUCAGUGGCUGCGCUCACAACACCCGAGGUAGCACGGCGUCCGUCGGCCUCUGCCGUGGCUGCCGAGGGGUCGACCAGCGGGAUCAGCGAAGAGGAGAGCGGCAUGAUUUCGGUUCCACGCGGCCGUGGCAUUCGGCAGACGCGCAAGAUUGAGUCCCGAGCGUGGCGCACCCAGGAAUCGUUGCUUGCGGAGGAGGAAGGGGCCGAGGGCGAGUUGGACCUGGUUGACAUGAGCAUGGUUACGGGAGAAGGCAGCGGCUUGCUGGAGAUGCUCGGGGCUGACCUGAUUGAAGCUGCGUCGGGGGAGAUCCUCACACCCAGCACCAGCCUCCGCAGCCGAGCAGUCGGCGAGCUCACGAGCGGCACCUCCUCGGCUUCCCUGGCGGCUCAGCUGCGACCCACCGCCUCCUUCCGCCUUGCCACGUUGCGGGAAAGCCAGGCAUACGAGGGCGAGGAGCCCGAGGUCACCAGCGGGACCAGAGCUCCACCUCCCGAGCCCGAAGCCGAGACCCUAGGGGGCAAGGAUAAGGCUGAAGCUGUGUCUGGCGGCCGCGGCGACGAGGAGGAAGGCGGCCAGCGGUCCUUGGAGGCCGAUGACGUGGUUGAGGAUGUAGCUGAUGUUGUUCCAGAAGGCAGUUUCGACGGCGAUGCUGAUGAUGCGGAGGAGUACCCCUUCAAGCGGCAACCUCCCGUGGAGGUGUCCAAGCCAGGGGAGCGGGCAGCGGUGCCCCUGGAGUCCUCUCCUGAGACGGGAGCAGCGGUAGCAGCAGCGGCAGUUGGGCAGGCGCCUGGGGCCGGCGCUGAGGGUGCAGCGAGCGGCGGAGAGUCGGGCUUGCAGUCCAGUGAGGGCUUCGAAGCCCCCGCCAGCGAGGACAGCGGCGGGCGGCAGUCGGUGGAGGAGUACGACGUGUACACGAGCGCCGCCCUGGCUGCCGAUGACUCGGAUGACUUGGCGCAGUAUGCGGCUGCUUUCGCGUCGCAAGCCAUCGGUGUCGAAGGCGACGAGGACGCCCCGGCUGACGUGUCCGGUGGCCUGGCCUCCGGGCUUUCUGAAGACCUCGGGCAGUACACGGUCCCCGUGCAACCGGAUUCGGAGGAGGAGACUGAAGAAGGCCAAGCGCCCGUGCCGUCAGCGGCUGAUGUCGCCACCGCGGCCUCCCAGCAGCCGCAGCCGGAGCUCGAGCCAACGCCAUCAGUCGGGGCGACGGAGGUGGUGGAUGAAGACCUCGAGGUCGCCGAUGAGGUGUCCGAGCUCCCCGGCAACGGCCCGUUCUCCGUGGACGAGAGCAGCGACCGCUUCCCAGUCCUCAUGCCUUCAACCAGCGUCGGUACACCCUCGCACCCGCACCUGCCACCUGCUGCCAUGAAGCGCGAGGAGGCCCCGUUUGGGGCAAGCGCGGCAGCACCGCAGCAGCCCGAUACCGCAGGUCCGCCAGAAGUGAAGGUGAGCGCCGGCGACGAGCCGUCCUCACCCACCGUGUCCUCCCCUGCGUCGCGCCAGAGCAGCCGUGGCGGCUUGCCAGAGGAAACCAGCCUUGGGCCGCUGCCGCGGUCAGGUCUGGUGGCGGGAGAAGAGGACGAGGAUGCCCAGGGGGGCCUGGAGUACCGUGCAGUCUACCAGCCUGAGCAGAAGACCCAGGCGACCGUGCCUCCUUCUGCUGCCGAGGAUUCCGCCGCCGAAACCCCAUCCGCUUCACCUCGCCAUGAGGUUGACUCUGGGGCCGUCGAGGCGCGAGAGGGCGCCGAACCAAAGAGCAAUUACUUGGAGGAGCUGCGGGCUUUUGCCGGAUCGGAUGAGGACGAGCUAGAGGAGUUUGGGAGCGGGCAUCUGGCGAGUAGGGGGCUCUCAGCCGCCACCCUCGCGCCCGCCGUGCAGGCCCUGCUCAACCAGCCGGAUGCCGAACCAGACGUCCCCAAGGGUGACUUUGAGUCCGAGAUUGCGGAGAUGCUGGCUGCGUCACACUCCAAAUCUCGCCUUGUCUCACCCUACCAGUCGCGGGACCUGGGUGGCGAGCCAGGAGCGCAAACGCCCGAGGCCACGACGCCCUUCUCCCUCUCGGCACGGCCCUCCAUGGCUGGAACACCUGAGCCGGCGUCAGACAGCAAGGACGAUCUGGUGGACCAGAUCACCGAGUUGACUGCCAAGGAGCUUCUGACCGAUGCCGUGGAGACUAUGGUGAGCCUUGCCGAGCUCCGCGCCGCCGCUCCUGCAGCCUUCAGCACCCAGCCUGCCGACUCCGCCUUCCUCACCGCAACGACUGUUGCCGCCAUUGCUUCGCUGUCGCCCUCACCAAGCCCGCCCCUGCAAGACCGCCGCAUCUCCGCAGGCGGCGAGGCGUCCAUCAGCAUGAGCAUGGACGACCUGGAGGGUGACAUUGAGCUUGACAUUGAGCAAGAGGACGAGGAGGAGGUCCUCGACCUGCCCAGCCCGCUCCAAAGCGACAGUGGCUCCCUGGGAUCGCCCUCGCGACCCGCCUACGAGCCGCCGGGCCCAUCCAACCUGUCAUCCCCAUCCACGGGCACCCACCACCACCACCACAGUGCUGCUCCGGAACUGGCGCCCGAGCAGUCGGACAUGGCACUUAAUAACGCCAAUGACACGGACGCCUCGGCGAGUGGGGGCGCUGGCCUCACCAGCGAGGAAGAUGACGGGUGGGGAGGUGACUAUGAUGUGGAGGACCCUGACUGGAAGCCUGACUUGGACGGCUACAUCUCACCAGAGCUUGACCGACGUGUCAUUGAGCGCGAGAACGCGCCGGCUGUCGCCACCACCACCGAGGCAGUGGCGGAGUAUGCGGAACACGUGCUACAGGAGUUCAUGCAGAACCGGCCCGAGUUCCUGGUGGCGGGUGCUGAGCCGCUGCGGCUGGAGGGCUUCCUGGACCAGGAGCGCCGGCUGGCGGACGCCAGUGAGGCGCAGCACAUCCACAACAAGAUGGUGUACGACGCAAUCAAUGAGGCGCUGCUGGCCAUCUACCGCUCAGCUAACCGGGUGCAGAGCCCGCCCUGGCUCAGCACCAGCCACAUCGUGAAGCCGCUGCCCAGCCCGGAGGACAUGGCGGCGCUAGUCCAGAAGCAGCUGCGGGACUGGUCGGCCAUGCGCAUGCGGGACGCGACGGAGACCGACAAGGUACUCGCUGCGGACGCGCAGGAGGACGAGCGCGCGUGGUGCGACCUAGCCGCGGAGGAGGCGGAGGUGCAGCGUGAGGUGGCGGAGCUCAUCUGGGACGGGCUGGUGGAGGAUACGGCAGCGGUGCUUUCGGAGCUGGAGGGCCUGCUGGGAGGGACGACAUCGGGGGGGGCUGCUGCCUCGUCAGCAUCCGGGCCAGCGGGGCGGCGGCGCAUGGAAACACUGCGCCCUACCCGUUUGUUUGAAAGUUUUGAAAGUGUUUGAGGAUGGUGAUGGGUUUUUAUGUGUUGAGUACAUGACACGCCGACGCCGGAUACUGAACUGCUUGUGAGGGGCAAGAUGUGAGCUUGCAUGCGCGUGAGGAUUGACGUGCGUAAAGCGACAAUGAUUGGGAAUGAAUGUGUGGGAAACGAACGAGAAUUGCUUCCUUUGAACUGAUGAGGAAUGUUAAACAUUGUUCUUUCCUGUAGCCCUUUGUCUGAGUGGCUAUGUCUAUCGAUUUCGACGGUUGGCGUUCCCUUCGCAUGUAUUACCAACCCUACCGUACAUAGCAUGGCGUCUGUGAUACCCCAGCGGCUUGUGACUACAUUACACGCGUGUGUCAUGAUAAUGCUACGUACCGGCGACAACUUAUUGACUAGGUUUCAUAACUGCUAUUACGCGUGUGUUGUUGUGGCCCUGCUUGGCCACACGUAAUGCCGCCUGGUCGACAUGGUUUGGGGGCGGAGUACUGGACAAUGCAAACAUGGAACUGAUGACGGGUCUUUCCAGGCAAAGCCAUUGUAACGGGUGGAUUGGCAACCCUGUACGCGUGGUGCGCCUGUGACGACCAGUACGGCAACUACGGGUCUCGAAAGAGUAGCAAACACGCUGCUUCAGUGCAUGGACGAUGGGG